GGUUAGUCCCGCCCCUCUCCGCCCGGGGGCGGUGGGACCGGAGAGGAGCGUUGGCCCCGCUCCGACCCGAGCCGCUCCGCCUGCCGCCGCGAUGGGGACGGUGCAGCAGCGCCUGCACCGCCUCCUCGAUCGCCCCGGCCCCGUCGGCGACCUCCUAGGUCGCCUGGAAGCCCGUACUGGCGUCCCGCGGUUCUACCUGGCCACAGGCUCGGUGGCGUUCCUGGGGCUGUACCUCAUGUUCGGCUAUGGCGCCUCACUGCUCUGCAACCUCAUUGGCUUCGCCUACCCUGCGUACGUCUCCAUCAAAGCCAUCGAGAGCUCCAACAAAGAGGAUGACACCACAUGGCUGACGUACUGGGUGGUGUACGGCGUCUUCAGCGUAGCGGAGUUCUUCUCUGACACCUUCCUCUACUGGUUCCCCUUCUACUAUGCUGGGAAGUGCCUGUUCCUGGUGUGGUGCAUGGCCCCCGUGUCCUGGAACGGGUCUCAAGUGCUCUACCACAACGUCAUCCGGCCCUGCUUCCUCAAGCACCACCAGACUGUGGACAAGGUGCUGGGCAACCUCACCACCAAAGCCCUGGAUGCAGCUUCCACCGUCACCCGAGAAGUCCUGCAGACUCUGGUCAGCAGCAGAGCCCGGCUGGCGGCCGAGGUGGCACCGCAGCUCAGCUUGUCUCCUCCAGAGCAUCCCUGAACAUGGCAGGAGGAGCAGUGAAGAGCGAGUGACCCGGGUACCACCAGGCCCAGGCGCGAUCGUUUCUACCCCAAAUAAACCAAAAACCAGCCCCUC